GUCUGCAGGUGUCUGUUGGAGUGUUUGGUAUCUGUUGGUUUCAGGCACACCACAAUGUGGACACCACAAUGAAGUAGGAGUAGGAUGAUUGGAUGUGGUUUUGAGAAAUUAGACAUGAAAUGCAACAAGGGGUCAUACUGGGAGAAAUAGUAGCAGACGGACAGUGACCGAGGUGUUCCAGAAUACAGAAGGCUGACCAAGAGAGUCCAUGGCAGAGCUGACCAUGAACAGAUUAGCGCUCCUAUAUUUCUGCUUAUAUGCAGCAGCCUCACUAAUUGAUGGGAAGCCCAGCAGGAGAACAGAGAAGCCCAGGAGCUCCAAACCCGUGGUAGCAGCUGAUUCACCUGAACUGGAUGAUACUGAUGAUGCUCUCCUCCCUGUUUGGGUGAGUAGUGCUGUGUGUAUGUGUGUGUGUGUCUGUCGUUCUGUCUGUCUUGCAGGUGGCAGAGGGCAGUGCUCUGUGAAUGGGAUGUCCCUGUUUGACAGGGCCAUGUGGUCGCCUCAGCCCUGCUCCGUGUGCCAGUGUCAGAGGGGAACUGUCAGCUGUCACCCUGUCCCCUGCAGCGGUUCAAAUAGCCAGCAGACAGUGGCUCCCAAAGCCAAGAAACCCUCCCCUAAUGCAGAGAAGAAAGAGGGGAUCCCAAAACAGAAGAAGAGUCUCCAAAGGACAUCAGAAGAAGGAGGAGCAGCACAUCAGAAGAAGGAGGAGCAGCAUGUUACUCCAGCGAAAGCGGUUGCUGUUAUGAAAUCCGUGGCCACCCAGAACAAAAAGCAAGAAGUAGCGGUAAAGAAACAGGAAGUGGCUGUGAAGAAACAAAAAGUGGCUGUGAAGAUACAGAAAGUGUCUGUGAAGAAACAGGAAGUGGCUGUGAAAAUAAAAGUCAGGAAGACCGAGGUCCCCAUGGCUAAGAGGCGUAACCCGACGAUAACCAAAGACAGCCUUCCGUACCUUCCCUACGAUGACAAUGACAAUGAUAAUCAUGAUGACCAUGACCACAGCGAACAUGACGAUAAUGACGACGAUGACGAUUACAUCAUCAGGGCCACCGGAAAACCCACCAUGAGGUUGGCACCAAUGGGGAGACCAGUCACCAUGGCGACUGGCCGACUGGCUACUACCACCACUAGGAAACCCAUGGCGAGGGCACCGGGGCCGGGACGUGCUGUAGUCACAUUCCCCAGGAGACACAGCAUCAUGGAGUCUCUCCCUGCUGGCUGCCUACUCUCUGAGUCUCUGAUCGCCUGUGGCAGCACUGGCAUGGUCCACAUCCCUAUCCUCUCAGACCAGGGGGUCAAGACCCUCUAUCUGGCAGACAAUAAGAUCAGUAAGAUCCCUCCCCGGGCGCUGGCUGGGCUGCCCAACCUGGAGUGGCUGGACCUGAGCAAGAACAAGCUGGACGACUCCGCCAUUAGCACUGACCUGUUCCAGAACCUGACCAAGCUGAGGAGGCUGAAUCUAGAUGGCAACAAUCUGACCAAAGUCCCCUCAUUUCUACCGCCGUCCCUGGUGGAGCUGAAGAUCAAUGACAACAAGAUCCUGGGUCUCACACCUAGCAGCUUUAAAGGUUUGUCCAAACUGCUGACACUCGAGCUCGAGGACAACCACUUCCACGAUGGGAAUGUGUCACCUUUGACCUUCCGGCCCCUCAAGAAACUCAUCUAUCUGCGACUGGAAGACAACAAGUUCCGGGCCAUCCCCUCGGGGCUUCCUGUGACCCUGCAGACACUUCACUUGUCGGAUAACAGAAUAGAAGAGGUGCAUGAGGGGAUCCUCAACAAGACCGUAAACCUCAGGUUUCUGGAUCUCAGUCAUAAUAGGAUCCGGGAGGACCGCAUAGCCCCAAGGGCCUGGAUACACCUGUUAAAGUUGGAGUCAUUGGACCUGUCGCACAAUAAGCUGGUGCAUGUCCCUUCCUUCCUCCCUGUGGGCCUACAGCAGCUCCACCUGCACCACAACCAGAUCGAGCGGAUCCCUGGCUACGUGUUUGGCCACAUUAAACCGGGACUGGAACUUCUUCACCUGUCCCACAACAGGCUGGACAACAACGGCAUUGAUGAUGUGUCCUUCCUGGGCCUGUACAACUCUCUGACUGAACUCCUGCUGGACCACAACCAGCUUCACUCCAUCCCUAGGGGGCUACUGAAGCUCAAGAUUCUGCAGCUCCUUCGCCUCAACCACAACGUUAUCAGAUACGUUCCUCUGAACUCUCUGUGUGACACACGCCUGAGCGAUGACUCACCCCUAGUCUCCGUUCACCUGGAGUACAACCUGAUUGACCGGCGCCUUAUCCCACCCAUCGCCCUCUCCUGCAUCAAGACCUACCACAGCAUCAUACUACAGCCCCAGAGUCAUGAGGAAGAUUACCAACAUGAAGAUUACUAGUACCCCCCUUCCUCACCUCCAUCCUUCCUUUUCACCCCUCUCUCCCACCCCCUGUCAGUUUGUCCUGGGUUACACCUUGUCAGCGUUUCUCAUUACAUCAUUUCCUCUGAGUCCGUCUCUGAUUGUCUUCUUCUCUGAUGAGUUGUGAUUAGGUUAGUCAGACUUCUGAUACCCAAGCGUUAUGAAACAGGUGAAAUUAGACUUCUAUCCUAAAUCUGACCAUAUUCCUAGGGCAAUGUUUAUGCAACCAGCCCUUUGUCAGUGGGCUUCAUUAUCACAAUGAAUGAGAAAGAUUAUGUGUGUGUCUUUGUCCUGUUUUAAAAGCUACAUUCUGUAAAGCAGUUCUAGGUUUUACUUAUGACUUUAAUCUUGCUUGAUACAGUAGCAUGUAUCGAAAUAAAAAUGAUGUGUGGUUACCAAGGGAGAUCCAGGUAGCUACUUGGCAGUAGUGAGAGCCAAAAGAUGUCCAGGUGCCCUUUAUACUACACUCACUGUUGUAUGUACACCUGUUUCAACUUUGUGACAAACUUGUGUAAUGAGAAAUUGUGAAAAUAAAAAUUAUUGAAUAAUUGCUAGUCAUUGUCUAUGGUAACUG